CAGGCGUCUCAAUUCUAGGGCUGAUACUAGGUUGCCAAUUACAGAAAAAAAUUUGGCUAAAUUAAUAGGGGCAUUGAGCAGUGUGUGUUCAAGUUUUUAUGAAGCUAAAUUAUUCACAGCAGCAUAUACAUUAGCAUUUUUCGCCUUUCUGAGAGUGGGAGAAUUAGCGAUAUCUAAGGGCAACAACUCUCAAACCAUUUUGGGAAUGGUGAUGUGUACAUACAAAAUAAUCAACUGACAUUGUGUAUAAGGUGUUCUAAAACUGAUCAAUUGGGAAAGGGGGUAAAAGUUGUGAUAAAUAAUCAUGGUUCAAUUAUUUGCCCAGUGCAGGCAAUGGCUAAGUUUUUGGAAGUAAGGCCAAACUUUCCGGGACCCUUAUUUUGUCAUUUUGGAGGAAAGCCACUUACAAGAUAUCAAUUUUCAGCAGUUUUAGAUAAAGUCAUUGUAGCUAUUGGACUAGAAAGCAAGCAUUACAAGUCUCAUUCUUUCAGGAUAGGGGCUGCAACAACGGCAGCAGACAAGGGUUUUUCAGACGAAGAAAUUAAAAUAGCUGGAAGAUGGAAAUCAACUGCCUUCCAGACUUAUAUAAGAUCUCCACUUAGCCGAACAUCUCCUUUAACAUAAUAAGUAGCUCAUUUAAUCUAACUGGCAUGUAUUUGUUAAUUAAUAUUACAGGGUUCCCAAAGCCAGGCAGAAUUACAGUUUGGAUUGUUGGCUCAUCAAUUAUAAAAAGGGCAUCCAUGGCAGCAAGAUUAAGACCGGGGGGAUGGAGUCUUGGGUUAAACCAAAGAGGGGUAGAUAUGUGGUGGCAAGGGUAUGGUGGGUUAAAAUUUAUUGACCUAGUUCAGAAGGUUAGGUACUUAGCAACAUUAGAGGAUCCUCCAAGAUAUUUAAUCAUUCACUGUGGGGCCAAUGAUCUGGGUCAAAUUAAACUGUCAAGAUUACUCUAUAGAAUUAAGUGGGACAUCCAGUUACUUUCAAGAAUCUUCACCAACACGACUCUCGUUUGGUCUUUUCUCCUCCCCCGCAUUUCAUGGAGACACUCAAGUAACAUUAGAGCAAUGGAGCAGGCAAGGGAUAGGCUAAACAGGUGGGCAGCAAAACAGGUAUUUCAAAAUGGGGGGAAAAUUAUCACGCAUUCUCAAUUUAUAGGUAAACCUGUACAGUUGUAUCACUCAGAUGGAACACACUUGUCGGAGUUGGGGAAUGACAUUUUCCUCAACAUUCAGGGGGCCCUGGAGUAUUUUGCCAGUGGGGGUAAAAGUAAAGAAUUUCCAUGUAAAUAAUUUACUAAGUAAUUU